GAAGCACAAUGCAAGGACAGGCAUUUGGACAAUACCACAACAUGGGGUACUGGAAUGGCACACAUGAUAUGUAUGGGGGAUCCCCUACAUUUCAAAUGUCGCAGCAAAUGGGACAAUAUGCUAACAUUGGAGUCAGUGGUCCAUCAUUCGUCAACUCACUUCCACAAAUGCAACCAUCACAACCGUUAGUUUCACUAAAUUUAGUGCAACAAUUCCAGCUGUCGCUAGGCAGCCACAUGUCGCUAGGAAAUCCAAUGACAACAAGUAACCAAGGGCAACCUCAUCUUACCACAGUACAACCUACACAAAGUUGUGCAACAGAGAUCAUGAAUCUUGAUGCUACCCAGGGGAAAGAAAAUCAGCCCCCAAUAUCUAUGACAACAACUGAACCCACUAGUCCACUAUCCAACUAUUUGAACUCCCCACUGAUGGACAUAAAUGCUGCCUACCCACUACCAGAGAUAAAAAUGUCAGACAUUUCCGCCAUUCUUCUUGAGGAAGAAGCCAAGUCUGAUAUCAUAAAUUCAGCUGAUUUGUCUCCACUUGUGUCAACAUCGUCAAAUUAUUCUGACAGUACAUCAUAUGGAAGUUAUGACACUGUAUCUGACUCUAACUCAAAUGACUCUGAAUUCGGAGAAUACUAUUCUACCCAGACACCUUUGAGCUGUAACUGGAGCCCAAAUCCUGAUGACAUGAACAUGUCUGAUGUUUCACCCCCACCAUCAAUUAACAUAACCCAUAAAGAAUACACACAAAAACUCACAGAGGGAGCUUUAAGCAAGAGGCAAAAUCGACGUCAGGGGCGUAAAUUUGGAACAUCGUCAGAAUCAUCACCACCAGCGGGAAUUCACGAAUCUGAGAUGGUUAAGCUAAAGAAAGCGUGGCAAAAGACAUUUCUCCCUCUGCCAAGUAAAAAUUUGACUUGUCAGGUGUGCAGUAAAACUUUCACAACAAGAGCAAACCUGGGUAUACACAGCAGAGUUCACACUGGAGAAAAACCAUAUGAAUGUCCUGAUUGUGGUAAAUGUUUCUCGCAGAAAGCCACGCUGAAGACACACUCCAGGACACAUACUGGUGAGAAGCCUUUCCAGUGUGAAUCAUGCUCAAGAGGAUUCUCUGAUUAUUCAACUUAUUCUAAACAUGUGAGAAUUCACUCUGGGGAAAAGCCAUACAAAUGCGACCUCUGUGAUGUGUCAUUUGCACAAUCUGGAAAUCUUCACCGACAUCGUAAAUUACAUUUUAAAAAACAACUCAAGAAGGAAAGAGCUGCAAUUUAUUGAUAAAAUGACAAGUCGCAUACAUGUACAUUCUUGAUGAACAAUGACCAACAUGAACGAUGAUCUAGACCAGUUGAUGUUUAAAUGAUUUUGUGUGUUCAUAUUUACAUUUUUUAUUCUCUGACUGGUAUAUGUAGUUAGGUGUGCAUGUGUUUAUCCAAUAAUCACACAUUAUAUAAUCAAACCAUUGUAUAUAUAACAAGCCAAAUGUAAGUGUUUGCCAAAGUCAAAAUGGCUUUUGAUGUAUGUCAAGAUGUACUGAAAACAUUUAAAAAUAAAAAAGUUUUAAUUUUGAAAUGUGAUUUCUUGUUUCAGUCCUUUUAAGUAUAAACUCUGUCCAUUACAAUAGAUGCCAUGAUUAUUACAGCAAUGGGCUUGCAAGGAAUAUUCAUUUAAACAUUGAAA